GCCGCCACUGCCACAGCCACAGGCCGCCACUGCCACCACCACAGCCACAGCCACAGGCCGCCACUGCCACCCACCACAGCCACAGCCACAGGCCGCCACAGCCACAGCCACAGCAGCAGCCACAGGCCGCCAGUGCCACAGCCACAACCACAACCACAGCCACAACCACAGGCCGCCAGUGCCACAACCACAACCACAGGCCGCCACAGUCACAGCCACAGGGCCGCCAGUGCCAGCCACAACCACAACCACAGCCACAACCACAGGCCGCCAGUGCCACAACCACAGCCACAGGCCGCCACAGCCACUGA